AGUUAUACAUUGUCACAGCAAGCGAUAGGCUGUAGGACUGUGACAGCUCCCAGGCAGUGGGUUUCUACAGAAUCACAUUCAGGAUUGACUCUUUAUAUUCUAGAUUACUGUAAAAGAGAAGAUGACGGUUAUUCAAGAAAUGUUAAGCUCCCUCUCCAUUGCAGACAAGGUGGGUGCUUGGGGCACACUCGGGACUGUGAGAGCUCAGAAGAACUUUGACCCUGAUGCUGAAGUGGAGAAACUUAGAGAAAGUCUGCCAAAUAAAGGAAGCCAACAAACUAUUAUUGAUGUGGUGACAAAUCUGAAUAAUGAACAGAGGCAGGAUGUGGUGCGACUGUACAAGGAACAAACUCAGCAGGAUUUGAUAGAAAACAUUAAAAAAGCUCUGUCAGGAGACCUGGAGAACGUGAUUGUGGGUUUGCUGAAGACCCCCAUUGCAUAUGAUGUCCAGGAACUCAAAUCUGCAAUGAAGGGUUUGGGCACAGAUGAAUCAACACUGACUGAAAUCAUAUGCACCAGGUCCAAUGAGCAGCUCAAAGACAUACAGAACCUCUACAGGGAACAGUUUAAAGCAGAGUUGGAAACAAACAUUAUAUCUGAUACAAGUGAGCCAUACUCAGGGCUGCUUCUAGGGAUAACUAAGUGUAAGAGAGAAAAGGAUUCUGGGAUUAUUGACUAUUUGCGAAUUGAACAGGAUUCUCAGAUUCUGAGUGAAUUAGGACCUAAAAAGACACCCAUCGUCAGCAAGUGGAUCACAAUUAUGGCAGAGAGGAGCCCACGACAUCUCAGAAGAGUGUUUGAUAAGUACAAGGAAAUCAACUUUGUGGAUAUAGAGGAAGACAUUAAGAAACAUUUUAAAGGGGAUUUCGAAAAAGCCUUGUUGGCAAUAGUGUCUAUAACGAAGAACACGCCACUUUAUUUUGCCGACAGACUGCACAGCGCAAUGAAGGGUACGGGGACAAAUGAUAAAACCCUUGCCCGUAUUCUGAUUUCUCGGAGUGAAAUUGAUCUGCUCAGCAUCCGAGUGGAGUUUAGGAAGAAAUACGGAAAGUCUCUCUACUCAACCAUCAAGAGUGAAGUAAAGGGAGACUUUCAGUCCUGCUUGUUGGCGCUGUGUAGAGCAGAAGACAUUUGAAGACUUGUCCUACAUUUACCAACCAUUGAAGAAAGAUGACUGUGGCCAUUAUAAUAAGAUGUUUUAUUAUUAAGUUAAACAUUUGAUCAUGUUAGACCAUAACCAAUACACCUAAAAAAUCAAGG